AGAAAAAAAAGGGGGGGGAGCGCCGAUGAAGUAGAGAAAGGAGGCUUCUCCCUGCAAGCAGUUUCUAGAAGGGAGAAGCGGCCUGCGCAGAGGCAGAGCCUUCUGAAGGGAAAGAUGCACGGGUGAGGCAGAUGGAGCGCGCUCUGUCGCCAGCUGGGAGGGAGGCGGAGGCCCCAGCGCCCAGCUCCCGCCUGAGCCUGACGGGGCUCCCUCUCCUCAGCCCGCUGUGGGUGGCGCUGAUGAGCGCCUUGAUCCUGGGCCUGCUGUUCGUGUCCAUCUACAGCUUGUCCCGAGGGGAGAUCGCCUAUGACUCACUCUACGCGGUCUUCGCGGUCUUCUCCUUUACCUCGGUGGUGGACCUCGUCAUCGCCCUGCAGGAAGAUGGCUACGUGAAGGGCUUCAUGGAGUUCUACACCAGGGAGGGCGAGCCGUACCUGCGCACGGCACACGGGAUCUUCAUCUGCUACUGGGAUGGCACCGUGCACUACUUCCUCUAUCUGGCCAUGGCCGGCGCCAUCCACAGGAGGAAGCGGUACCGGAACCUUGGCCUCUACUGGCUGGGCUCCUUCGCCAUGAGCAUCCUGGUGUUUCUCCCCGGAAACAUCCUUGCCAGCCUCAGCCAGCAGCCUCCCCGUUUCCUCCUGGAGGUCGGGGGCACCCAGGGCAAAUACAGCUCCGAGAUCAGGCCCUCCUUCUUCCUGGCCAUCCCCUACAUGCUGGUCCCAUGCUGGGCUGGCCUGAAGGUCUUCAGCCAGCCCCGGGCACCCUCCUACUGUCCCCCCAAUGUGGUGCAGGAGGAGCAGAGAAAGGGGCUCCUGCAGCGCCCGGCAGACCUGGCCCUCGUCACCUACCUCGCUCUGGCGGCCUUCUUCACCCUCUUCCGGGGCCUGGUAGUGCUUGACUGCCCCACAGAUGCCUGCUUUGUCUACAUCUACCAGUAUGAGCCAUACCUGCGGGACCCUGUGGCCUAUCCAAAGGUGCAGAUGCUGAUGUACCUGUUCUACGUUCUGCCUUUCUACGCCCUGGCCACCUACGCCCUCGUGUUCCCGGGAUGCUCCUGGCUGCCUGACUGGGCCCUGGUGUUUGCCGGAGCCAUUGGCCAGGCGCAGUUCUCCCACAUGGGCGCGUCCUCACACCUGCGCACGCCCUUCACUUACCGCGUGCCCGACGAUGCCUGGGCCCCUGUCUUCAUCUGCAACCUGCUCUAUGCGAUCGGCCCGCACCUGCUGGCCUACCGCUGCCUGCUGCGGCCCGCCUUCUUCCUACAGCCACCGACCACAACCCCGCGCCCCAAGAAGCAGCAGUGAGGGCUGCGGCCCAGUGCUCUGUUUACAGGCACAGCCACCCCUGCGCUGGAAGUGGGGUAGCGCUUUUAGCAGCAGGACGGAAGUCUCCAGGGGUCUUCUGUCCCGGCUGUGUCGGCCUCAGGCCAGUGUGUGGGACAGGACACCCACAGCAGGGCUUCUCGCAAAGAGGGCCUUGCUGAAGUUGGGUAUGGUGGCCCACGCCUGUCACCCAGCAUUUGAGAGGCCGAGGCAGAAGGAUUUCUGUGACUUUGAGACCAGCCUGGGUUACAUAGGGAGAUCCUGUCUCCAAAACAAAACAAAACAAAAACCAAGGAGGAGGGUACUUGUUCAACUUUCACCAGGCCCCAAAGGCCAUAGGAACUCUUGUGCCCCUGCCCCGAAUUUACCCAUCAUCCCCUUCAAGGAUCUUUUUAAUAAAAACCCUUUUGAUGCCUAAAAUGCCUAAGU